AUGUCGUCUAUCCAAGCCAAGAUUCAACAGGCAGCACACCAGAACGAACAACUGCUCCGCGGCCUCGAAGAAACCGACUCGGCGCCCUCGCAGCUUAAACAGCAGAAUGCCUACAUGGCCGACCUAGAAUCGCAAAUCGCCAACAUCAACGAGCGCGUCAAGGAUUUGAAAAAGAAGACGGCCAGCGAACUCAAAGACCACCAGAAGUACCGCGACUCGCACUUCCGACGUUUUGCACACAAGGCGAGCGGGAAGAAGGAGAGAUUUGCGGAAAAGGCGGCAAAAGAAGAAAAGGAAUACUUCGACGCGAUCCAAGCACAGAAGAGCGCCGAGGACGAGCUGGCCUACGCCAAACAAUUAUUCGACGAAGCAGAGGCGCGCAAAAAGGAAAUGGCGGCCGAAGCCCAACGUCACAGUAGCCUCCAAGCCGAGCUCGACGCCCUCUACAACUCCAUCUUUGCUGGUCGUACGCCCGAAUUCCCCGACGAGGAUCGCAAAGAAGACGCCUGUACCGCUGCGCACUCGCACGUCCAAACCAUGACGCAGCGUCUCGAGCGCGAACGACAUAUUCUAUUCCUGCUCGGCCAAACAGCAGUUAAGCUCUCUGCGGCCCGUGACUCUCUCGAAAAUGCAUACGGUAUGAGCCAAUACGACAUGUUUGGUGCGGGCGGAAUGGCGAGCAUGCAGAAGCGCAACUUUUUGGAGCGCGCCGAGAGUUCUAUCCAGCAAGUACGCAUGCUGCAAACUCAGAUCAAACAAGUUGCGCCCGAAAUCCCCGGACUGGGGCAGAUGAAUAUCGCAAUGGGUAGCAUCUGGAGCGACGUCGUCUUUGAUAAUAUCUUCACAGAUAUGCAGAUGCACGACGAGAUCAAGAGGUCUAUUGGCCAGGUCGACGGCGCUGGCAACAGGUUGGGUGAUAUCAUCAGGCAGAGGGAACAGCAAGAGAAGACUCUCCAGAGGGAGGUGGCCGAGGCACAGAGCAAGCUGCAAAGUGCCAGGCAGGUGUUACAGUGGGCGCGUGAGUCCGCUUUCAGAAGCAUCUUGGGCGCCUCAGGCAUGGCAGGUACGGGAUUAGGUGGUGAAGCUCCCCCACCCGAGUAUGCACCGCCAGCCGGCCCACCGCCAGGCUACUCGGGCUAG